UCCAACAAAAACUUCUGUCGUCGAACCUAGUGCCUCAGUCUCCGGCACCGUUCCUCCGUCGCCGGCCAACCUCCUGUCAUCCUCAACCGUCGGAAAACAAGUAAGUUUAAUUUUCCGGCGGGCCGGAAAAAAAUUCCAACCGGGACGCCAUCGUGCCGAAAGAUUUUUCGGCCAGGCGUGGAGCAACCCGAAAAUUUGCGGCGGGGGCGCCGUCGGGCCGAAAAAAUCUUUGGGCUCGGCGACGCACCGGCCGCAAAAUUUUUCGGCCCUGCCGGAUUUUGCAGGCAAUUUAAUUUAAUAUGUUAAUUAAUUAGUCAAUAGAAAAUUACUUAAUUAGUUAAUAAAAAUUAGCAAUUAGUGUUAAUAUUUAUUUAAAUUGGUGUAUGAAUGUUUAAUUACUUAGAUUAGUUGAUAGAAAAUUAAUUAAUUAGUGAUUGAUUUAACAAUUAAUGUUAAUAUUCAGUAUAUUAGUUAAUAGAAAUUAGCAAUUAGUGUAUUUCGAUUGGUGUGAAUGUUUAAUUACUUACAUUAGUUAAUAGAAAAUUAAUUAAUUAGUGAUUAAUUAACAAUUAAUGUUAAUAUUCAGUACAUUAGUUAAUAUAAAAAUAAUUAAUUAGUGCGCAUCUAAGUAUGAUAUUGUGUAAAUUUGUAGAUAAUUAAGAUAUGAAUGAUGUGAGUGGGAGUGAGUUGCCUAGAUUCGAUGGUAGGAUUGUUGAUGCAUCAACACGAAGGAAGGUGACUAAGAAGAAUAAGGAGAAGAAGCGCUCUCGACAUAUUGGACAUCAAUCAGAGGCAGAUUUAGGAGAGGAUGAGUUAGAGGCUCCUGUUGUAGUUGCUCGUUCGGCAUCACGGGCGUCUGGUUCCCAUGGGAGGAACCAGGGUGUUGCAUCGAGAGUGGUCUCGACUGAGUUUGAUGAGGACGAUACUGAUGAGGAUAUCCAGGUCCCUCCACCCACGCGUGGACAUGGACGAGUGUCGUCUUGUACGACAACAUCACGUCCUGCUAUGUAUAGGGACCGAACUGGGUGAUUCGUACCACCUGCUCGUGAGGAGACAUAGAGCUCCUGAACUGGACGGAGUAGGGGAGGACGUUCGAGUGGUCCUCUACUGUGGGAGCUUGUUGGUGAGUGUCCUAGUGGAUGUGUGGACUGAGUACUGGGUCUCUCAGGGACUCCCCCUGGAAAAGCUCCUUGAUGUAAGGGUAAGAAUAUUGCCCUGGGGGGCUCUGGGAUGAGUAAUCUACAAAAAUAUACCAAACGAUCAAAAUUACUUGGACAAAAUUUACAAACAUAAACCAGCUACUACUAGAUGGACUAUAAUAUUAAACCAGUUACUCACCUGUAUCAUGCUCGUCGGAUUCACCUCCACUCGAUCGCCCCCUCCCUCCACUCGAUCGGGAUCUGCCUCCACUCGAUCGCCCCCUGCCUCCACUCGAACCAAGCCAAGUACUCCUCAAACGAGAUCGCUCAUAAUAUGAACGAAUGCGACUGGUGCUUGUUCGAGGCCGCCCUCUCGGAUUCUCAUUCACUUCAGGUUCCCUCACAUUGUCGGGUGAAGCCCAUAGAAUAGGGCAUCUCCUUCAUGUCUCACUGCUUCAGGACAUCUUUCUUCCACCUCAACAGUAAGACGCCUAAAGUGUUGUCGUUGAAGCUCAAUUUCAUCUUUUACUUAUUGUUGAACUGGGGGGUUUUUAUAAUCCAAAGUCUGCCAGAAUACAUGCAACUUUUGAGCAUAGAAUUGACGUCCUUCUUCCUUAGCUUAAACAACCUGGGAAGCACACUUGAGCUCAUGUGUCAUCUGAAAAUGACACGCACAACUGUCCUUCAACUCCGCCACCCCAUCUAACAUCAGUUUGAUUGCCUCACAACUAACGACCCUCCUCAAAAACGUCCACGGGGCCUCAAUUUCCCUACUCAGGUUGCGGUUCAGUGACUUGUGCAGUUCAUUCACCACUUCCAGAAACUGAUGUUCCAUGUAGUUGUGGUUCUUCGCAAAACAAGUGUCAAUCGAUCCUCUACCAGGCACAAGGAAAGUCUUGAAUGAAGAGUGAGAUGACUCAACUCUAUUCGAGCUCGUGUUACCAAGAUGAAACACAUGGUUUGUGUAGCACUUUGCCCACAUUGUCUGAUGAGGUGAUAUUCAGCUUUAAUAUAUCGGAUUCUUGGACUUUAUGUGAUUAUCUGUGGUAUGUUUUAGCCAAUUGGUGCUAUUUUAGGGCUCGCUAACCCGAGAAUGGUUGAAAAAACCAUUACUGCCUAGUGCCAUGAGUUUGAUAUAACAGGUGAAGAAAACACGAAAAAGAAGUUGCACCGGCAAACAAUUCUCGAAUCACUGAUGGAAUACUCAAUUGGGCAAAAGGCCUAAGUGGGCCAGAAUAAAAAUUGGAAGGCUGGAAGGAAUUGGACUUGGCUGGGGAGUGAGGCUUUUGGGACGGCAUGCUCUGGGACCAAUUAUUUUGGGCCGGACAGAAGUGGUUUUGGGCUGGCGGUGAUCUUUGGAGGGGUCGGCUUGGAAUUAAAGAAAAAGAAGGGUGGCUGUCUCCAGGUGGAAGAGGGAGAAGGCUGCGCAAGGAAUUCGGAGAAAGGGAUUAUUCUGGGCGGAACUUUAUUUUGGUUUUUGGGGGAGUGAAUUAUUUUGGCGGCGGAUUUUGAUUAUUGUUUUGGGACGCGAAUUUCUUGGUGAGAAAGAAAGAAAGCGCAAGGCAGCAACAGAGCAAACGCGACGAGUCGAUUCUCAAUCGGCGAUUGAGAUUUCCAAGGCUUGAGCUGAGUUCAACGAGAGCGAUUAGUUGGUUGGAUUUUCUGAACAGAACUAGUUGUUUAUUGUUGAUUUAGAACAUGAUGAUCAAAACCCUAUUGUUUUAUCUCAAUUUCGUCAUGAACUAAACCCCAAUUUCUGGGGGAAACACCAUAGGAUGUAGCUAUUUCUUGAUUUGAUGGAUUGAUUCAUGAUUCUUUUCUUCCAAUCUCUAUUGCAUGAAAUUUCUUAAUGCUUUGUGUUGACUGGCCACCAAUACAAUGAUUUGUAGUUAAUUAGGUUAUUAGCGACAGUGAAACCCUAUUAACUGAACCUGUUUCAUGUGACAUAGUAACUUAUCGAAGCGACAGUGGAUUAAAUAAGGUGCUAUGCGGUCU